CGCUGCACAACGCGGGCUUCCUGUACGCCGAGGCGAUGCCGCGGCGGCAGCCGCAGCUAGCCGCCUCCUACCGCGGCGCGGCCUCCGAGUACUUUCGGCGCGCGGCCGUGCUCGGCUCGGUGGACGCGUCCAUCCGGCUCGCCCUCCUGCUAUCCGAGGACCUGACGGCCGAGCACUCUGCGAGCUCGUGGAGGCUCGCCAACGAGCUCUACGCGGAGGCGGCGCGGCACGGCUCGGCCGACGCCACCUGGCACCUCGGCUACAACUACCUCAAGGGGCGCGGCCUUCCGAAGGACUGGGGGCGCGCAUGGGCGCUGAUGCGCGACGGCGGGAUGCACUCGCGCUUCGCCGAGCUGCGCGGGCCCGAGAAGCUCCUCUUCUCGCUGCUGCGCGCCGUCUACGAGGCUCGCGUCUUCAUCGUAUUUGCAGCGCUCGGCUCCUUCGUCCUCGCCACAGGCGGCAAGCGCGCCCCCGGCUUUGGCGCCGGCGCCGCCGCGACCGCUGUCUGGCACGAAGACGACGACGCCGCUGCAGACGACUUUGACGAGUUUGACGACUGACUCGCCACGCUGCCGUCGCUCGUGCGGCGGGGUCCGGCGCUAGACGCAAAAAAAGAAGAGGCGUCGUUUGGCCUCGAGCGUUUGGCCGCUGUGUAUCGCGCGCACACGUCUGCGUCGAGACGUCGUGUCGUUUUGACGAGUCUCUGGACUCUGCAUGCGUACGUCUGACCAUUUUUCUAGAACGGCAA